AUGUCAUCAGAAACAGCAAUGAAUAAUUCAAAUAAUGAUGAUUAUGAAGAUGAUGAUUAUCUUGGAGAGGGAGAGGAUUUACAAGACAAUCAUGAUAAUAACAACACAUCCGAGAGAAAGAAAUUCAACUUUCAAUCACUUGUAAAAUUAUGUCCAUCAAUGACUGGUAAUCUAUUGACUGAGAACUCUGCAGAUUUUCUCAAAUUAUUUAACAAUGAUCCAAUCAAACAGCAAAUGGUCAAUCAAGCUAAUAACACUCUUCACAACAAACCUUGGUCUUUCAAUACGAUAUUGUUUGGACCAAAUUCGUUUGAUCAGACUUGUCUGUAUCGAUAUCCAAUGUUUUUUGGAUGGUCUGGUUAUGCUCAAUCAAUAAUCUCUCGGUUUAUGAAGGGAAGUUUGUGGAAUUUAAUAUUUAACAGAUUGAAUUCAAAGAAUGUUGAAGGAAAAUUCAAGAAUUGGACAAGUAAACAGAUUACAAUUGAUAGGGAUGGAAUGAAAUACUACUUUACUGUAUUGGAAAGAAAGAAAAUGAAUGAGAAUAGAGAGAAGGAAAUUUCCUUCUUUAUUGUUCCAGACAUUGAUGGAGCUUUUGGAACAAAUACUCCAUAUAUUGAUAAUUUUGUAAAUUACGUUUGUGGAGAAUCCAAUCCUUUGAAAUUGGCCGAACACACCAAGAGUUCAUUCAAGAGAUUAAUCAUUUACAAUAGGGAGGGAAGAGAUUCCACAUUGAAAAUUAUCAAUCCAAAUGAAUUCAUCAUGCUAGGAAAUGCUUCAGGAUUAUCUGAAUGUCUAGCUGAUUUGAAGCAAAAAUUGGAUUUGAAUGAAAAGUUAUUUGGAGUUGGUUGGGGGUUUGGAGCCAAUUUACUAUUGAAAUCACUUUCAUUGAACAAGGAAUUAGUCAAUCAAUUAUUUAUUGGAGCUAUUUCCGUAUCAAAUCCAUUCGAUAUUCACAAAUGUUUCAAGAAUUUCAAUAAUAAUUUCAUUUACAACCACUUACUUCAUUCCAUGAAAAAGAUUGUCGAACUCAAUUGGUCAACUUUCCAAGAUUCCAAACUUGACCUGAAAUCCAUACUAAACUCCACCACCAUUUCACAAUUUGACAAUCAAUUUACCAUGAAAUUAUUGCCAAACACCAAUCAAGAUCUUGAUGAUUUCUACAAGGAACAAAGUUCUUGCAAAAUUCUCUCCAAUGAAAUCCAAAUCCCAAUUCUUGCAAUUCAUGCCAAUGAUGAUCCCUUGUGUGCGCCAUCGGUUUUCAACAACACGGUCAUGCCUGCCUGCCUGUACGGAGAUAACAUUCUCCUCAUUAAGACACUUAAGGGAGGAAAUAGAGCAUUCUUCUCAUCGGGCUACAUGUUGUUCAGUGCUAAUAUUUCAUUUGAUGAGAGAAUUAUUUUUGAUUUUAUUGAAACUCUUCCAAAACUUUAA